GAAAAUUUUUCCCAUCUGCAAAUUGUUUACAAAUUUAUUUGUGUCGGUUUAUUACCAUUUUCCUACAAUGGACCAAUAUCCCGAUGAAAACGAAGAGUUUGAGCUCCAGUACCAGGACGAACUGGAGCUGAUGGAAGAUGUACAGCACGAGUAUGACGUGUACGAUGGUCCGAGCACCUCAAAACAGGCCGCCGAAAAGCAGAAGGAAAAUCGGGCUCCUGCAGAAAUGAUGGACUCAUCCCGAAUGGGGAACUCAUCGCUGGCUUCUCCCCAACUCUCACAGAUUACUUUUGGUGCCAGUCAGUUGGAGGGAGACACUGGACUGGGGGGUCCAGUAAACCGCCGACUUUUUGGAACUCCGAAGGGUCCAUCCGCUGGACGGAUGUGCUCAACGCCGUUUCAGCGAAUGCCCGCCAUUCAGGAGCUGGAGAACACUCAACUUAGCAGCAGAGUUCCACAAGAGAAGGACCCCGAACCACUGCUCAAUGCCGCUGCUCAGCAGCUUCAGGAACUGGGCCUGAAAAACACCAACAAACGUCGCCUGGAGCGGGACUUAUUCGGCGACAUCGAUGACCUCUUUCACGAAUCCUACGAGGAUCCAAUGGUGAAGAAAGCCAAAACAGAGGAACGACGUGAUAACGAGGCUAUUGAAAAGAUUUUGGAGCUUCGCAGGAAAAUGCGUGAAUCAAGCAAAACUCUGCGAAAGGAUGAAGUGAGUCGGUUGCGAGCCUUGCACGACUUUAAGAUGCGAAACUUGUCGUAUGAGAUUCCCAACUGGCCAUUUUUGGCCAUACAGAGGAGUGAUCUGGAGAGGAUCUAUGUGAGAUUCCAUUCGGAGGACUACGAAAACCGUCAGCUGGAAAUGGUCAGCGCCAGGGGUGAGGUGGUAGGCAGUCUUCUGGGCGAAGCGAAGGAGAAGGUCUGGCAAGAGGCAAAGGAACUGGUGCUUCGUCGCUCAGCUACUGAUCAGGAUUCUGAUAUAACAGAGAUAACAGAACCUUCUCAUACGGAGCCAGGACGCCUUUGGGUGGACAAGUACAAGCCAAGAAGAUACAUUGACCUGCUUUCCGACGAAAUGACAAACAGAAGUCUGCUCUACUGGCUGAAAAUGUGGGAUAAGGUGGUAUUCGGAAAACCUUUUCACAGCAAUCAAGAUUCAGCUAACGGAGAUGGGGUAGGUGGUGGCGGUGGUGCUGGCUCAGAAGGAGGUGGUGGUGGUGGUGCAUCCUCCAACAACCAACUUAAUAGUUUUAACAAACGCACUGGAAAAUUCGAAUCCAACGGUGGCUGGAGGCAAAGAAAAUCUCGCCAGGCUCUUAAUACAAAUGUGGACACUUUGGGGCGACCCAUGCAAAAGGUGGCUCUACUUUGUGGUCCUCCAGGAUUGGGUAAAACCACUCUGGCACACACAAUCGCCCGGCAUGCCGGUUACAAUGUCCGUGAAAUAAAUGCUUCGGAUGAUCGCAGUCCGGAAGCCUUCAAGCUUGCCUUGGAAAAUGGCACUCAAAUGUCAUCGGUACUAAAUGAAGACAAGCGACCCAAUUGUAUUGUUUUAGAUGAAAUUGACGGUGCUCCCCGCCAGUCCAUAGAAUAUUUGGUAAAGUUCGUCAACGAUGGCAUCUAUAGCAAGGUAAAGGCUAAAGGGGCCAAGGCAGAACAAAAUAUUUUAAGACGACCCAUUAUUUGUAUCUGUAAUGAUGUCUACGAUCCAGCACUGCGUCCUCUGCGACAAGCGGCCUUUGUAGUUAGUUUUCCACCAAUCGAUUCUGCGCGUCUAGCCGAAAGAUUAAUAAAGAUUGCCCAAAGGGAGCAGCUGAAAACAGAUUUUGGUUCACUCAUUGCCUUGGCGGAAAAAUCUGGCAAUGAUGUGAGGAGUUGCAUUUCAUCCAUGCAGUUUUACAAUGCCCAGAAGCAUAGCCUCACCCUGCAGGAUGUUUUGAACAAUAAUCUUGGACAAAAAGAUAGACAUCAAGGUCUGUUUGAAGUGUGGGAUGCCAUUUUCCGGAUACAACGUCCGAAGAAAACUUUGCAAGCGGAUUCCAAAAACAAUAAUGAACCAGCCCAAGUCACCAUGACGAAUAUGUCGGUGACCACGCGAGUUCAGAAUGUUUUGGAUGUGGUGCACUCAAGUGGGGACUACGAAAGACUUACCCAAGGUGUGUAUGAGAACUAUCUGCAGCAAAAGAUGCCCGAUCCGAACUUCACAGGCGUUUGUGAGGCCCUGAAGUGGUUCUGCUUCACCGAUACGUUGCAACAUCAGAUAAGCCGGCAACAAAACUACAGUGUAUACCCAUAUUUGCAGUACGGUUUUGUCGUUUGGCAUUUACUGUUUGCCACACUGGCCUGGCCGAAAAUUGCAUUUCCCACGCGUGGCUUUGAGUUCCAACAGAAAAGCACCAACCAGAGGAAUAUCUUUCAGGCUUUGCGCAAAGGUGUCACCACCUCGGCUCUGGGUGUGGGUCAGGGCAAAAUACUCCUGCUGGAUACAGUACCCAUGCUGAAAAGGAUUCUCUCACCGCAACUGCGCUCGGUAGCAGUGCAGUUGUUAUCCGUAAAAGAACAACAUGACUUGAGGCAUACCAUUGAGGUGAUGGUGGACUUGGGCUUGACAUUUGUGCAGGUCAAGUCCCUGGAAGGACACUAUGUUUUUCAAACAGAACCAGAUCUCGAUGCACUGAGUGUUUUUCCUGGCUAUCCUGGACUCACACUGCCCUACUUCAGCCGUCAAUUAAUAGCCCGCGAGGUGGACCUGGAGAGGAUACGGCGUGCGGCCCCUAAGGGGGGUGAACCUUCGAAGAAAGCUCCCGCCUCGAAAAAGAAGUCCGCCCAGUUGCCGAAUCAUUUGCAAACAUUGAAGCCGAAACCAAUUUCGGCUGCCAAUGCACACAGUGCACCCAAACAGCAGCUCACCAAAGACUUCUUUGGACGAAUUACUCACAAGGCCACCUCAACAACGAAAGCGGAUGAAGCCAAAACGGAUGCGAUUGUUAAGAGUCCAAUUUGGUAUCGCUAUAAGGAAGGAUUCAACAACGCUGUCCGCAAGGAUGUUCACCUCCACGAGUUGCUUUAGACAAUUUAUUUUUAUGUAUAUUUAAGUGAAUACCCUAACUUAUUUAUUCCUAAAAAUCACUUUUAGUAGUGUUUAAGAUAAAAAAAAGUAAAUGUACGUCCUU